AUGGAGUCUUCUGAUCAAAAGUCUCUAGAGAAGGUUCUUUCACAGAAGGCUCUUCAAAUGGGUAGUUCAUCUCCAUGUCAAAUAUGUGUUGUGGGUUUUCUUUGUGUGGUUUGCCUUACCUCAUUGUUUCUGGCGGCUCUUACUUCCUUCGGCGCGUUCCAGUUUGAAGGGAUUUCUUUCUCCACAUUUUCCAGUGGAAUUUUCGCAACUCAGAGUUCUCAAUAUGCUGUAACUGGGAAUGAUUGCAAUCCCAAACAGAAAGAAAAAGAAAGAAUAAUGUAUGCACAGAAGAGCGAUCUGAUCCUUGAGAAAGAUGAGAUGCAUGAUAGAGUGAAGGAACUAUAUUCAGUUUGGAGUAGAAAGUUAAGCACGUCCACAAGUGAGGAUAACCAGCUACCAAUUAGUGGUAGACUUGGCGAACUCAAUACACCGAAAGCUCCUCACUUGGAAAACUGUAAAUUAAGAGCUGAAGUUAAUUCCCGUCUUGAUAGCAGGAUCCAGAAUGAGAGCUUCCCUCCAUGGACAAUUUGGAAGGGGAUGUUGAAUGACUUCCCGUCGGUCCCAAUUGACGAGGAGCAACUAAGUAUCAGACGGCAAUUGAUUUCUGAAGGACCUAAUCCUCCCUGGGUAGCAGGAUCUGACGAUGAGAACUAUCCUUUGACUCGGAAAGCACAACGUGAUAUAUGGUUCCAUCAACAUCCAGCCAACUGUAGAGAUCCUAAUGUGAAGUUUCUUGUAGCUGAUUGGGAAAGAUUGCCUGGAUUUGGCAUCGGAGCUCAGAUUGCUGGGAUGUGUGGCCUUCUUGCAAUUGCAAUCAAAGAGAAAAGAGUUCUUGUGACAAACUACUACAAUAGAGCAGAUCAUGAUGGUUGUAAAGGUACUUCACGUUCUAGCUGGUCUUGUUACUUCGUUCCAGAGACAUCACAAGAAUGCAGGGAACGAGCAUUUGAGUUAAUGGAAAGCAAAGAAGCACAGCAGAAAGGAAUGAUAACUGUAAAGGAAAAUUAUACCUCCAAAGAAAUAUGGGCAGGAAGAAUUCCAAGCAUCCUCAGUGGCAUCUUAUCAUUUGUGUACAGCAGGUUUUGGGGCAACCCUUGGAGUUAUUUGCAACCAACCACAGAAGUGAAUGGGAGUUUGAUAGCAAAUCAUCGCAAAAUGGACCGGAGAUGGUGGCGUGCUCAGGCUGUGCGAUAUUUGAUGAGAUUCCAGUCUGAGUACACAUGUAACUUGCUGAAUAUAGCUCGCCAUGAAGCUUUUGGAUGGGAAGCAGCAAAAAUGGCUGUUUCGACCACCUUUUCUGAUUCUACAGAGGAUGUGGCCGGAAUGCGAAGAUUUGACAUUGAAAAAUUUGUAUGGUCAAAUCACAAGCCAUGGAUUCCUCGGCCUUUGUUAAGUAUGCAUGUCAGAAUGGGAGAUAAGGCAUGUGAAAUGAAGGUGGUCGGCUUUAGGGAAUACAUGCAUCUAGCUGAACGAAUCAGAAAGCGAUUCCCUCAUCUGAGUAGCAUCUGGCUUUCAACUGAAAUGCAGGAAGUCAUUGAGCAAUCUAAACUAUUCCCUAACUGGAAUAUUUACUACACCAAAGUGGCGCGGCAAGAAGGGAACAUAACCAUGGCAACCUAUGAAGCCAGUCUUGGCAGGGAAACGAGCACCAACUAUCCCUUGGUGAAUUUCUUGAUGGCAUCCGAAGCAGACUUCUUCAUAGGUGCAUUGGGUUCCACUUGGUGCUACCUUAUAGACGGAAUGCGGAAUACAGGUGGAAAAGUCAUGUCAGGAUACUUGAGUGUGAACAAGGAUAGAUUCUGGUAG